UUGUGUUGUUGUGCCUUUUGCUUUGCCUGGCCUAGAAAAAGAGCAGGUCCUUCAGAUCAACAUUUGAUGGGAUACAGAAUCAUUGGAUAUUGAAAAUUGACAUCAAUUAGGAGCCAAAAAUGUAUCACAGAUCAUUUAGGUGCUUUAUUUUUGCAACAAAGAUAACAAGAUCUCAGCAAACUCGGACAUUUUUGUUGCCUCUGAGGACAUCGGUAAUGCGAGGAUUCUCAUCAUCAAUUACAUCAGAACAAUCUGAACUCAAGAAUUCUUUUCCAAGCCAGCAAAGCCAUGGUGUUAGCUGCUGUCAAGGAAAAUUAAAGAACAACGAGGAUCGGUAUGAUAUCAUAAAGAAACUUGUGCCUGGAUUCAGUUACUUUGCUGUAUUUGAUGGUCACAGGGGCCAUUUUGGUGCGGACUUUUUGAGAAAUGAACUUUCGGGUAUCUUGGCAAAAAAUAUAUUUCCUGACGAAAGCCUAGCAGCUCAAGGGAAGGAGCUAGUUGAAAAUUCAUUUGAAACUUGUGAGCACUUACUGGAGGUUGAAAUCCUGGCUAACGAUUUUGAAAAGAAAGAGAGAGAUCACAUUGGAACCACUGCACUUACUGCCCUUAUCUCAGAGAAGUCAGAACUUUUGAUUGGGCAGACAGGAGACAGUCAUGCAAUUCUUUGCCGUGCUGGAAGCCCUCUUGCCUUAGUUGAUGAUCACACUCCGAAUAACGAGAAUGAAGUGACAAGGAUAGAAAAAGAAGGAGGUUGGAUUGAUUGGGAUACAAAACUUGUUCCUUAUGUCAAUGGAGUGUUAUCAAUGACAAGAUCGUUUGGUAACAUACUCCUUAGAAAAUCUGGAGUGACUCAUACACCUUGCCACAGACUUGUAGAGUUGGAUGCCGAUAAUGACCAGUUUCUAGUUUUAUGCACUGAUGGUGUUUCUAAUUGGAUCACAGAUGAGGAAAUAGUGGAAAUUGUGUUGCAGCACAGCGAUGCUCAAGAAAGUGCUGAUGCGCUGACCUGCUGUGCAAGGCAGUAUGGAUCCACUGAUGAUGCAACUGCCAUUGUUGUAACACUUAAUGCUUGGAAUAAAAGAGUUUCUGGUGAUAGGAAGAUAGAACGAAAUUUUCUAAGAGCCAAUAUAUUGAAAAGAGAUUGAUGUGACUGUAAGGCUUUAAACAAGAUACAUUUUCUAAAUAAGGACUAUAUUUAAAAAUGAUGUGGCUGCUUCUAUUUAUGACACAUGGUAGUGAAUGUUUGGGAAGCAAUUUGUUAGUUAUUUAUUGGAAGCAGUUUUAUUUCUAACUUAUUCAGAAUGUAUAGCUGCAGUCAACAUUUGUUGCAGUAAUGGAGAUUGUAAAGGGUGGUGGAGGGAUGCUGGUACUAGAGUCCGGUUUUCAAUUGGUACAUGAGUCCAUUCAGUAUGAAGUGGAAUUCAUCAUUUCAAAUUUUGAUAUUACCUGACAAUACUUUAUAGAAGCAUUUUAAUUUUCAAGAUCAGUUUAAUCUUGCAACCUACAAUCUCUCCAAUAAUAUGAUCUUGUAUUCAAUCUUGUUUGAAAAUCAUUUGAAAUCACCUCAAAUAAUCCCUAUAAAUUAAAACUCAUUUGCAACAGCUAACUGCUUUGAGCAUUUUUAAUAGUUUCUUCACGCAAUUCACCAUGCAUGAACAGCUUAUUUUUCUAAUUAUGUAUUUCAGAUACUAUUAAUAUUUUCUUUAAUAGUUUAACAGCAAAAGAACAAAUUUUAUGUUUUUUUAAUCAUCUCUUUGUCCACAA